GUCAAAUUCUUUUGUUGUGGUUUAAAUAUUUUUGUAAUGUAGAUAAAAACAAUAUAAUUUUAUAACAAAACUUGUUUAUGAAUGAUAAGAAUUAGUAGGAAGAAUCGGAGGUUCCAGUCAUUGCAUUGUGUGGCAGAAGCCGCUCGAUGAUUACAAAAUUAUAAUGUGAGUAGGUAAUAAACUGUAAUAAAUAAGGUUAUUUUAGAAUUAUGCCUUUAAAGCUGAUGUCAGCUGUAAGUUUAUCAUCAGGAAGUUCACAAAGCAGGCAAGAAAACCUAGAUAAGCUUCUAAAACAGUUACUGGAAUGUAUACAACAAUCCCAAAAGCGUUACGGAGGUAAAAAUGAAUUAGCAACAGAAUUCGACUCUUGUGUAGCAGGAUUGUGCCUUUGUCUGGAAGCAGUUUUUUUGCAUGGUGUUAGGGCAAAACCUCAAAUCAGUCAAGUAAAUUCAACAUUGAAACAAGUAUCAGAUAUAGUCGUACAAAGCUUACAUAUUGGACAGGAUAGUACUUCAUUUUGGCCUUUUAUUCAAAGACACUUGACAAACCAUGAGAAGGAAAGAUAUGUUUUAUUAAAACAUAUAUGGACAGAUAUUGGCAAAUGUCGUGCAUGGAUUAGAGCUACACUCAAUGAAAAAUCUUUAGAAAGAUAUUUUCAUACGCUACUAGGUGAUAAAUACAUUUUAGCAGAGCAUUACGAAUCCUGGGCAUUACUUCGCGAUGAAGAUAAAAAUAGUAUGUUGCCUAAUAUGGCAGCAGGUUUAGGCUCAAUUUUAUUUGCAAUGAGUAUAGAUAAACCAGAAUUUAAUAGCUCAAUCAUUCCAAGAACUAAUAGUAUUAGUUUCUGUGUAGAACCUAUUAUUAAAGCACCAAUUCCAGAAAAUAUUGAUAGGAAAAGAGAUCAAAAAAAGAAGAGGAGAGUAGCAAGACAGUUUAUCUCUUUUGAUGACGACAUGUUGUCUACCAGUGUCCCAUCAGUUUCAAGUAGUAGUACUUGCUCAGAUGCUAGUAAUUCAGGAAACCUAAAGGAUAGUGUUUUUGAAACUAUGGACAGACACCAAGAUGAAUCUGUAUUGAAGGAAAAACAUCAUAGAAAAGAUCAAAGGGAUCAAAGUAAUAAUACUGUUUCAGAAAGUAUACCUAGUGCUUCCCAAAAUGAUGCAAAUAAGCCGAAAAUGACUCGAAAAUUGUCAAUAGAGAAUAGUGGCUCGAGAGAAAAAUUCACUACAACAGUACCUGAAAGUUUAACUCCGAUUAAUCACAAUAAUAUUGGAGAGUUAACGCCUGUUUCUGUAGAACGAAUAAAAGACUUUGAAGAAUCUCCAGAUAUAUCAGACGAUAUUCUAGAAGUACCUACUGAUAUAUCUGCUGUUUUAACGGCAGUUGAAAACAAAAACUCAGGAGGAAUUGAAAAAAAGGUUGGUUUUUUAUAUAUAUUCACCAAAAUUUUCCCUAUAUUUUUAUUUUAUAGGGAGGAAAAAAUCAACCUUCUGACUAAAGAGAACGAAAACCUCAAGGAACAAGUAAAGAAGUAUGUUGAAGCCAUACAAAUGCUUCGAAGAGAUGAUGAGCCUUUGCAAAAGGCAUUGGAUGGUUUACAAAUUGAAAAACCACCCGAUUACAAAGUAGAGGCCAAAAUAUAUGAGCAGAAAUUAGUACAGGUAGCUGAGAUGCAUGCGGAGCUGAUGGAUUUUAACGUGGCCUUGCAACAGUCUUUGUGCAAAAAGGACACUUUGCUAGAAAAAUUGAAAAAUGAGUUGGAAGACUUAAAAGGCCCAAUAUCCAUGGAAUUUAGUUCAGAGGAGAAUACCGGCAACGUCAACGUUUGGAUACCGUCGGCGUUCCUAACCGGUAGCGGUUCGAACUCCCAUCACGUCUACCAAGUGUACUUGCGAGCUGGCAACGACGAAUGGAACAUUUACAGGAGAUACGCCCAAUUUCACGCACUCCAUACCGACCUAAAAAAACUCGAUCCUAUAGUUGGGACUUUCGAUUUCCCGCCCAAAAAAAGUAUCGGAAAAAAGGAUUCGUCCUUGGUUGAGGACAGAAGAAAAAGAUUGCAAGUGUAUUUGAGAAGGAUUAUAGAUCACUGGCCAGAAUUAGCACAUUGCGCUAGCAGAUUUUUACUGGAACAGCAUCUGGCUUUUUUCAAAGAUCAGCGUGAUGAAGAAGCAAAAAAGAAUAUGUUCAAUUCUAGAAGGAAUACAGGAGCAAACCAUUCCGGGUUAUAAUAUUAAGUAGCUGAUAUUAAGCAACGAAUAUUUUUUGAAAUAUUUAAUUUUAUUUUUAUUUAUUAUAGAUGAGGCACAUUAUCUAGUUAAGUCAAUAAUAUUAUUUUUACCAUAGAUAUAUCAAAUAGACAAUAUUGUAAGCUGUAACUUUUUUAUUAUAUGUUUGAAAACUGAAUGUCAUAUCAUCGGUCUUCUUUUUAAUUAUUUAACGAAUUUGUAGAAUUUCUGACUGUAAACAGGAGUUCUUUAGAAAGUGUUAACUCUCGUUACUUAAAAAUAUAGUUAAAUAACUAUAUUUCGCGAAAUUCGAUUAUUUUAGGUGUUCUUGAACAUUAAAUACCAUAAUAUCAUAAAAAAAAGGGCUUCAUAGUGGUCUGUCAAAUGACAUUGGAUAACAUUUUCUGUCGUGGCGACCCCUAUAUGUCAUUCAUUAAAAUUAGACCCAAAAACUUAUAAUACCUAUCUACUUAUUAAGUCGUCAAGUAUUUUGUCUACUUAAUUAUUUCCAGAUGAGCCAAUCAUACCCAAACAAAUUUAUUCAGUAAAAUUUGUUUUAAAAACUUUUUUCUAAACUAUUUUUUUUUGAAAAAUUAAAAUAUCAACUUUAAAUUACAUAGAAGUUUAUAUAUUAUCAUUUGUCAUCUCAAAUACUACUGUCGCCGUUUUUUCGAUCAAACGGUACAUGCUCUAUCUCAAACGAAUUUAUGAUUUACAUGAAACAUAGCCAACCACUACCUACUUUAAUGUAACUAUCCUAUAAAUGUAAUAAUUUGUAAAUUAUUAAAAUAUAAGGAAACAAUCAAGUAUUACAACAGUUAUUACUGUACAUACUAAAAUAUCGUAUGUUUAAACUUAUAUGAUUUUCUAUUUUUUAUGCCAGUUAGUAGGUGUAUAUCUAAUUUCAGUUGCUUUUGUUAUUGAUAUUAAUAAUAGUUAUAAUAGUCCAAUUUUAGUUAUACAUUAGAGGUCACCUUAAUUCAUAAUAUGUACGUAUACAGUCGAAGAAAAUCGUGUCAAGUUACUGUAGAAAUGCCAGUCUACGAUAUUUUUAUAUUAUAUAACAGAGAUCGAAAAAAAAACGGCGUCAGAGAUUGCCUCGAAAUGAAGAUCGCUGUCAUUUUGUAUAUAAAAUUAUAUGAAGAAUUCCAUCGAUCGUCCUUUCCAAGCCAUCUGGAUGUCCAUUUCUUUCAAUCAUAUGGUGUCAUAAACUAUACGCUAUUAUUUUAUAAUUUCACACAUAAAAUACCAACUAUCAACAAUUCUAAGGUAACUUGACGCCAUUUUUCGAACAUAUGGUAUAUCACAAAACAAAUUAACUCUUCCAUAGAUUAGUGUUACAGAUAUCGAUGAUUUUU